UAACAAUUUUAACCCACUAUUAAUGUUCAGAAAUAGAACAGUAGCCAUAAUUUGAAGGUCACAAGAAGAAGAGGUAUUCUGCUAAGCCACUCGGGUGAGAUACCUCUUACUGAAACUUUUUUGGUCGCACAAACGGCGGACAAUAAAUUCCAAUUCGGGACUGUUUGUCCCAUAAUUUUGGUGCCGUCUCCGCCGGAGAUAGCAACCAAUUCAGAGAGCGCCGCCCGAAACUAGCGGAGUAAGAACCGAACCACUUAAAGAAAUACCGGCUUUUACGGUCGCGGACUUAUCGCGUCUUUGAGGCUCAGUCUCGCCGGACUAUAGCGCCGUUAUACGCUACUAUACACAGGGCAUCUCUUGUUGUUAAAAGCACAACGUUAGACGAUGAGUUUUUCUCGGUUUAAGCCGGAUCGCAUUCACUGCUAAUGAAGAAAGCCUUGUCUAAAUUCUUACGCCGUUUCCGACCGGGUCAUUCUCACUCUUCUUUAUCAACUUCUGCAUCACCAUCCAGGGAUCACCCACGUGCUACCGUUUCUCACCCUCACGUCAGCGCAUCCACCAUGGCCUCUAACCCCUCCCCCUCCCCCUCCCCCUCCCCCUCCUUUCGCGGCAAGGUUGCUCUUAUCACUGGUGCUUCCAAAGGCAUCGGCAAGGCCUCAGCUAUCGCACUCGCGCGUCUUGGCGCUACAGUGGUCAUCAACUAUUCUUCGGAUGAGCAAGCCGCGCAAGACGCUCUCGCCGAAGUGCAAAAGCUAGGUGUAGGUGAAGCGCGCCUUGUACGCGCUGACGCUAGCUCCGUGGAAGGUGUGCAGUCACUUGUCAAGCAGACCGUCGACGCCUAUUCUAAGAUCGAUGUACUUGUACCGAACGCCGGGGUCCUACCUAUGAAAGACCUCGAGCAUACCACCGAGGCUGAUUUCGACCGUGCCUUUGCUGUCAACGUCAAGGGCCCCUAUUUUCUCGCCCAGGCCGCCGCGCCGCACAUGUCUCCCGGCUCGCACAUCAUCUUCUUAUCUACCUCAUUGACCACAGCAUCGACUGUCAUGCCGGGAUACCUGCUGUACAACAGUACCAAAGGUGCUGUUGAGCAGAUGACUCGCGUGAUGAGCAAGGAUCUCGGACGCAAGGGUAUCCUCGUCAACGCUGUUGCGCCCGGUCCCACGGGAACCGAGCUCUUCUUUCGCGGCAAGAGUGACGAAUUGCUCAAGACUAUCGCAAACUUUAGCCCCCAGGGCCGCAUUGGUACUCCUGAGGAGAUUGCUGAAGUUAUCGUCUUCUUGGCCCACUCAACCUGGGUUUCGGGCCAGGUGGUCCGCGCUAAUGGCGGCAUGGCUUAACAGGAUCUAGGAAGGCAAGCAGACAAUGGCUGUGGAAAAAAACAGUAAAACGUAGCUUUAGAAUAAGAAUGAAAUUGCCACUUUAAGAACCA